AUGUCCUCUGUUGCUAACAUUGCACACUGCAAUAGUCAUGAUUGGUCGGACGACUAUUGCGUGCGCAUCCUGUCGGCCAUUCGUUCGAGUAUGGCGGCGCACUCUCGCCUGUUGAUCUGUGAUCAGGUCAUGAACACGACCAUCGGCGACCCUGACUUGGAGUCAGCCCCGAGCCCGCUGCCGGCCAACUACGGCAGCCACACGCGGUUCAGCCACAGCCGGGAUAUCACCAUGAUGUCGUGUAUCAACGGGAUUGAGCGGACGCCAGCCGAGUUCAAGGCCCUCCUCCAGGCGGCAGGAUUGAAGUUGAAGAAGAUUUGGGACUGCAGGAGCCAGGUGUCUUUGAUUGAAGCGGUCUUACCCGAGGUAAAUGGCUUUAAAUAG